AUGCGCAUGAAACCUGUGGCCUUUAUGUGGGCGGUAUGCUUGCUUACGUCGGUACUAUUGGUUGCUGGACUCACCGUGCACGCUGAACAAGAGCAAGACCACGACCUGUGUCAGCUGCGUGAGAAUGGCUGUCGAUUCGAGCCACAUGAGUCGGGAUUCAUCACCCUUCCGAAUCGCGUAGAUGCCCACUACUUCUAUUGGUACUUUGAGUCGCGCAACGCAUCGAGCUUGGACCCGUUGAUCAUAUGGAUCCCGGGCGGUCCAGGUGGAGGUGGCGCUUACGGGUUGCUUGUCGAAAAUGGUCCAUGCACCCUGAACAGCGACCGCUCAACGACGUUCAACCCUUACUCAUGGACAGCUAGUGCCAACAUGGUGUGGUUGGACGCCCCUGUCAAUGGUGGUUUCUCGUACUCGACUGUCGGAGAAGAUGACGAACUGACUGAAGACCGCGUGGCUGAAAGUGUGUUUGAAUUCUUGCAGGAAUUUCUCAAGAAGCACGUGAAACAGCAAGGACGACAAGUUUACCUUGUCGGGGAGAGCUUCGGUGGACGUUUCGCGUUAUCGGCAGCACACUAUAUUUUAAAACAGCAAACCCGGCACUUGUUUGCCCCUGCCUCUCGUGCGUCCAUCCCUAUAAACCUCGGUGGAGUUGCCAUUGGUAACGGACUCAUUAAUCCAGUCGAAGCCGCCACGCACUUUGCCGACAUGGCGGCCAAUCGGUACAAGAUCAAACUCGUGGAUGACACCCAGCUAGAGUCGAUGCAGACGUCAGUCGGUCAGUGUCGAGAUCUACUCGAAAAAUGCCGGAAAGACACGUUUGCUUGUGAAGAAGCGGGGGCGGUUUGUUACCUCACCCAGCUGUCGCGGCUUCUUGAAGCCCACCGAAACCCAUACGACAUUCGACAAGAGUUCGAAACUUCAGCUUCGGACUCGGGCGCUUGCUUGCUUCGAGUGCCUGAUGUGAAAUGGUACUUGGACCUGCCAGUGGUCCGAAAGCACCUUGGGGUUCAGGACAUUCGCAGUGAAUGGAUUCCACUCAAUUUAACCAUCAACGACGCCUUCUUUGGAGAGCCAAGCUACGCAGCGUUCCGGUCCAUGGAUAAAGAGGUUUCGCAACUGUUGGAGGCAGGACUGCGUGUGUUGAUGUAUGCUGGCGACGCUGAUUUGUAUUGCAACAGCUACGGAAUCGAGGCAACUGCAACGAAUCUGCGUUGGUCCGGUGCUGCGGGUUUUAACAACACAAAUUCCCGUCGGUACACUAUCGCUUCACCUACGGCGCAUGUUGGAACCGUGCGCUCGUUCUCGCACCUGACGUACGUGAAAGUCUACAACGCGGGUCACAUGGUUCCGGCUGACCAACCUGAGGUGGCACUUGACAUGAUCACCAGAUUCGUUCGAAAUGAGGCAUUUUGA